AACCUUAGAUCUAGGCCGUAUAUAAUCAAGCACGCACGACAUUCAGUUCAUUACAAACCCAUUGACGAUACUUCCAAGUCAACAAGCCAAUAACUACUUCUUCAUUCUACUCCUCCUCCACAUGAGUUCCAUCGAAUCCCAACAAUACCUCAAGGCCAUCCUCAAGGACAAGACAGACAGUAGCAAGACAGGCAACAGCAAGACAAGCAACAGCAAGACAAGCAACAGCAAGACAAGCAACAGCAAGACAAGCAACAGCAAGAGCAAUACCAAUACAAUGUCGGGCUCCUUCUACGAAUCAGCUUUCAUCAUCCCUCACAUGCAGGCUUCUGCCAUGCCUCGUAGGCCCCGCCAGCCUGCUCCGGCACCGCGAGCAACUGUCGGCGCCAUGUCUUCAGAGUCAACCCUCGUUGACAAGGACGGCGUUCCUGUGAUGUCCAAGGAGAAGAACGAAGCCAAUGGCGACAUCUCUGGUUCGUCAUCAUCGAGCAAGAAUCUACUCAAGCGUCUUUUGAAGAAGGCUUGAUUGUUCCUGCAGACACAAAAGACCCAUCCGGGCAUACAAUUUACGCUCUACUGCAUCACAUGGGACUUUUGGAGUCCCGGGCUGGCGUCAGCCUUUUGCUGAUC